GAGCGGUCCGGGUCGAGGAGCUGAGCAGACGCGCCCUGGGAAGCGGCCGCCUUCGGGGAGACGAUCGAGCGGGAGUGCGGGAAGGAGUUGUAGGCCUGGGGUGUCUCUGUCCGCAUGGCCAGGAGAGCAUCCGGCGCGGGCGUGUGUGUUUGUGUGCUUCUCCAUGCCAAUCUGGGAACCUUCCUGAUUUGUCUUGGCAACGGCCACCUGAGAUGACAUCUUCUUUGGCCUCCUCUGUGAUGUUCCUGUGGCCAUGAGAGACUUUGAUCAUGGCCAGGAUGGCAGUUCCCCACCCUGAAUGACUUUAAGUCCAGCCAUGGCUGAGAGAAGUCGUGUGACUUGGCUUCAGUGCUGCCAAGUGGCCAAGAAGAGACUGCCAGUCCUCCGGUGGCUUCCCAAGUACUCUUUGCAGUGGCUACAGUUUGAUUUUGUGGCUGGACUGACUGUGGGCUUGACUGUCGUGCCACAAGCUCUUGCCUAUGCCGCAGUGGCUGGUCUCCCAGUGCAGUAUGGGCUCUAUUCCUCCUUCGUGGGCCCUUUCGUCUACUGCCUUUUGGGGACUUCAAAAGAUGUAACCCUGGGCCCCACGGCAAUCAUGUCGCUGUUGGUGUCAUCCUAUGCAUUCCAUGACCCCUCCUAUGCCAUUCUACUUGCCUUCCUUUCAGGCUGUGUCCAAUUAGCUAUGGGACUGUUGCAACUUGGUUUCCUGUUGGACUUUAUCUCCUAUCCUGUCAUUAAUGGAUUCACUUCAGCUGCUGCAGUCACCAUUGGCUUCAACCAGGUUAAGACACUCCUUGGCCUGCAGAACAUCCCACGGGAAUUUGUCUUCCAGGUAUAUUAUACCUUCCGCAGAAUUGGUGAGACAAGGUAAGUGGACAUCUCUAGAUUUUCAUGCACCUGUCGAAUGCAGAAUCCUCUUACUGUGAUGAAUGCUAUCAUGGCUCGUCCUUCUGAUGUCGGGUCUGAACUUCCCCCUGCAUCAGUGCUGCCCUUUGGUAACAUGGGGCUUUAUUUCUUCCUGCUUGUAGCCCGUAAUGCUCUCGUGGUCCUCUUUGCUGGGCUUGUGGCCUACUCCUUCCAACUGACUGGCUCCCAGCCAUUCACACUCACAGGGACCAUACCACAGGGACUGCCACCAUUCCAGCCACCACCACUCUCCAAAGUCACACCCAAUGGGACUAUCUCCUUUGGAGAGAUGGUGCAGGAUAUGGCAGCAGGCUUGGCCGUGGUGCCACUUAUCGGGCUGCUGGAGACGGUUGCUAUUGCAAAAGCAUUUGGCUCUCAAAAUAAUUACCAGAUUGACCCCAACCAGGAACUGUUAGCUAUGGGACUCACCAACCUCCUAGGCUCUUUCAUCUCCUCCUAUCCUGUCACAGGUAGCUUUGGCCGGACAGCAGUCAAUGCCCAGACGGGUGUGUGCACGCCUGCAGGGGGACUAAUAACAGGGGCCCUGGUGCUAUUGUCUCUAGCCUACCUGACCUCCCUCUUCUACUACAUUCCCAAGGCAGCGCUGGCAGCGGUCAUCAUCUGCGCUGUGGCACCUAUGUUUGAUGCCAGGAUCUUCCGCACAUUAUGGCGGGUCAAAAGGCUGGACCUGGUGCCACUGUGUGUGACGUUCUUGCUGUGCUUCUGGGAAGUGCAAUAUGGCAUCCUGGCCGGGGUGCUGGUCUCUGGCAUUCUGCUGCUCCACUCCCUCGCCCGGCCACAGAUAAAGGUCUUGGAACGUGAGUCAUUGAUCAUACAGCCAGCCAGUGGCUUGUAUUUCCCAACAAUUGAGUUCCUUCGGGAUUUUGUGCACAAACAGGCUCUUUCAGGGUCCCACCUGCGCAACGUCAUCCUGGACUGCACCCAUGUCAGCAGCAUUGACUACACGGUGGUUUUGGGCCUCUCUGAGCUGCUCCUGGAAUUCCAGCACAGGAGACUUUCCCUGAUCUUUACUGGCUUGCAGGCUCCUAUACUCAAAGUCUUGCUGGCUGCCAAUUUGGAAGGUUUCUGUAAGUUUCCCAGCCUAAAGGAUGCAGAGAGGAGUCUUGAAGAAGAACUGAGCAGUGCUAAUGAAGUUUUGUUUGAUGGAAGUGACAGCAUCCUGCCAACAUCUGGGAUCAUCCAGUGAGGACGCAGAGCUCAAACAAUAGGAGUGCCCCAGGCUUGGCAUCGAAGCUUUAGGGCCUUGAGCAAAAUAAUAGAACUUGGACACAGGGUGCAGAUGCUCUUUACCAUCACAAGUGAGAUGUUACAACUGAAACACAGAAGUCAUGCAUGCUCUGAACCUGGUCCAUGGAAAGAUGAGAAUCUCUUCUCCCUCACGCAUAAAAAACUGAAGAUGCAAACAGCACAAAAUCAUCCAAUGUUUCAAGACUCUGGGAAGCCUCAAGUAAAAUUGCUAUGCUAUAGCAUUUCUUCACAUUCAAAGACUUAUGGGAAACUCAUGGUGUUUCUAAGUUAUUUCUAAAGUUCAUGAACAGAACACUAGUCUUUUCAAAGGGAAUUAAGAGAAUAAAACUUUUAAAACUAAAUGAUGCAAGUAAGCCAAAAUAAACCAAAUGUAUCUGAGUUAAAUAUAUCUGUUAUACUUAGAUUGUGCUAUUACACAUUGCAGGAUCUGAACGUGAGGAAAUGUUGAAUUCUGUACAGUUUAUAUCUCGUUAUAUCUUAAAAGCUUUAUGAACACUACAAAA